AUGGCCUACUUUUCCAUCUCCAAGUCACUUAUGUUAGGUUGUUUGUUUCUUUAUAUUUGUAGCACCCAAGCAAAAUUUCACCAUCAUCAUCAUCAUGAAAAGAAACACAAGCAUGAUCAUUCUCCUUCACCUUCACCGUCACCUUCAUUUUCACCUUCACCUUCGCCUUCAUUUUCACCUUCACCAUCACCUUCUAAUAUCCCCUACAUCUCUGGGAUAUUUAAUGUAAGAGAGUUUGGGGCUAUAGGAGAUGGUGUAGCGGAUGAUACCAAUGCCUUCAAGGAAGCAUGGGAUUCGGCAUGCCAAUAUCAAAUCAAUUCAAGCCUUUUCUUGGUCCCUCAUGGCUAUUCUUUCAUGUUACAAUCCACCAUUUUCACUGGCCCUUGUCUAUCUCCAUUAACAUUUCAGGUUGAUGGAACAAUAAUGCCCCCAGAUGGACCUGAGGCAUGGCCAGAAAGUAACAGUCGGCGUCAAUGGUUGGUGUUUUAUAAGACCAACGAGAUGACGUUUCAAGGGAUAGGACUUAUAGAUGGAAGGGGACAACAAUGGUGGAAUCUUCCAUGCAAGCCUCACAAGGGUCCAAAUGGGUUAACUUUGCCGGGACCUUGUGAUAGCCCUAUGGCCAUACGAUUCUUUAUGAGCACAAAUUUGACACUACAGAGAUUUAGGAUCAAAGAUAGCCCACAGUUCAACUUGAGGUUCGAUAACUGCAGAGAUAUCCGUAUUGAAUCCAUUUCUAUAAUGGCGCCAGCAUCAAGUCCAAACACAGAUGGGAUUCAUCUUGCAAAUACCAACAAUGUCACAAUCUAUAACUCAAUAAUAUCCAAUGGUGAUGAUUGUGUGUCAAUUGGAUCGGGUUGUUUCGAUGUUGACAUAAAAAACAUCACUUGUGGACAAGGUCAUGGAAUCAGCAUAGGGAGUUUAGGAAAUCACAAUUCGCGAGCAUGGGUUUCUAAUAUUACUGUUAGGGACUCAACGAUAAGGCAGUCACACAACGGACUUAGGAUAAAGACAUGGCAAGGUGGGUAUGGAACUGUAGAUGGUGUAAAAUACGAAAACAUUUUAAUGGAUAAUGUGAGGAAUCCGAUCAUAAUAGACCAGUUCUACUGCCUAGCACGAAAAUGCUUGAACCAAACGUCAGCCGUGGUGGUAUCAAACAUCGAGUACAAGAACAUAAAAGGUACAUACGAUGUUAGAAGCCCACCUAUGCAUUUUGGUUGCAGUGACGCGGUUCCAUGUAGAAACGUCACUUUGUCUGAAAUUGAGUUGCUUCCUGCUGAAGGAGAGAUGGUGUUGGACGCGUUUUGUUGGAACGUAUAUGGGGAGAUUAAGACGAUGACCAUCCCACCGGUGUCGUGCCUAUUAGAGGGAACUCCAUGAUAAUUUUUGAUCAUAUGACACAAGUUUAAAUGAAUGCAGGUACGUACGUACGACCUGGGUGUAUUUAUGAAAGUAGAUAUAUAGCAUAAGUUGAA